CCCCCCCGCCCCAUACCCCAUACGAUCCGCGACGCGCACAGAAAAUUCUGGUGGCAAUCCUCUCCUCCUCCGGGGAAGAAGCCUCUCGAUCCCCCGAGAAGGGGCGCGCGACCUCGCGGAUCUCCCACCCGCCCGGCCGUCCUCCCUCCUUCGCUCGCCGAGAGAUCUGUAGCUCGAUCCGCCGAUGGAGGAGACGGCGGCCGUGGCGGCGGCGACGGAGACCGUGACGGCGGCGGAGACGGGGACGCCGGAGAAGUCGUCGUACAGGUACUGGGUGCGGCAGGCCACGGGCGAGGCGGCGCCUCCCCCUGUCCCGCGCAAGCUCGACCCCUCCGCCGCCAACGGCGGCGGCGGCAACCCCAACGCCCUCGGCUCCGUCUGGAAUCAGGCUGGAACAUGGGAGGAAAAGAAUCUCAAUUCAUGGGCUAAUGGUAGGAUAAAGGAUUUGCUGGGUUCUUUAGGUUCACUGGAUUUCUCCACGGGGAAGGCAUCUAUUGAUGAAGUGUCCAAAUGCUCAGGCGAUGCAUUUCUAGUAACGGUCCGUAAUAAGAAGAGAGUAGGUUAUAAUUAUGAGCUGAGCUUGAGAUUUAAAGGUGAAUGGUUAGUCAAGGAAGAGAAGAAGAAGGUCACUGGCCAUAUAGACAUCCCCGAGUUUUCAUUUGGUGAGCUUGAUGACCUUGAGGCAGAAGUGAGGUUCACCGAUACCCUCGAAUGGGACGACAAGUCGCGGAUCUGCAAGGAUGUGAAAUUGUUCCUUUCGCCUAUAAAGGAGAAGCUGCGGGCGUUCGAGCUCGAGCUGAAAGAUAGGUAGUGAACGUCUGCGAGUGCCGGCAGGUGCUAGGCGCUGUUUCAGUGUUGUGUUACCCAUUCUUGUAGCUGGGACUCUCUGCGUUGUGUCGGAUUAAGCUAUGCUGUCUAAGACUCUCGAGGUCAUGUUAUUCUUGUUUCUCCAGUCAGUGUAAGAUUACACGGUUGCCACAUGUUCGUUGAUGGCUUAGAUUCCGUGUUGCUGUUCACGUUUAGUGUCAUGAACCCAACAGAAACACAUAUGAUGAUGAUGAUGAUGAUGAUUACGAUGUCUCACCAGAAUAUGUUGGUAUCCGUCCUGUCGGAGAUGAUAGUUUGAGCCUUUAA